AUGCAUCUCUCUCCCUGCCAUGCUGCCAUCCCACCAGGUGUGUGUAGCACGGCCGUGCUGCUGGGUCUGGCUGAACACGACGGUUUUUUAGUUGACUCAAAAUCCAUCCCAUUCUCAUCUCUUGCUGCCCUCCCCAUCACCACCCGUCCCACCAGGCGUGUGCCGCACGGCUGUGCUGCUGGGUCUGGCUCAACACGACGGGCAGGACGCUGCCACGGUGAGAGUGAGAGUGGGGGUGAGGGUGAGAGUGAGGGUGAGAGUGGGGGUGAGAGUGGGGGUGAGAGUGAGAGUGGGGGUGAGGGUGAGAGUGAGGGUGAGAGUGGGGGUGAGAGUGGGGGUGAGAGUGAGGGUGAGAGUGGGGGUGAGAGUGAGGGUGAGAGUGGGGGUGAGAGUGGGGUGAGAGUGGGGGUGAGAGUGGGGGUGAGAGUGGGGGUGAGGGUGAGGGUGAGGGUGAGAGUGAGAGUGAGGGCGAGAAUGAGGGUGUUGGGAGUGGGCGGGGUGCCAGAGCGAGCCGUAUGGCUGCUGGAAGUGGCUCGCCAGGUGGAGGAUGUGGAGAGGCUAAGGGGCAGGCCGGAGGACCAGCUCGCAUUGGGCUCGUAUGCACCGCCGACAGCAGCUGCUUUGCUGCAACCCUCGUCCUUCCCGCCCCUCUUCUCUCCGGACCUGCUCACGCGCGCCAAAGCUGGUGCUGCUGCCAGGUGCAGGGACAACAGGGCCAACAUGAACGGCAUAGAGGAGGCGGGGCAGCGCCUGGUGGAGCUGCGGGAGAGGAAGCAGCAGAUUCACGACGACACCAUCCUGCUGGCCGCUCAGUGUGUGGUGGACCCUUUGCGCAACCAGAGCCAGCAGCACACUGCAGCCGCGGACGCCAAUCUGACUGCUGCUGUGCAGCGCUACCUCUCUCUCGCUAACGAGGUCACUUAUAAAGUGGACAGGGACCUAAUCCCCUGGAUGCAGCGCAACCCCCCUCCUCGCCCCAUCAAGAUCGGCCCUCGAGCGUCUGCUGUGCACUCGCAGCACUCCGCUCUCCUCAAGAUCCUGGCAGGGCUGCAGGUGGUGCAGGCAACAGCACCAUCUCUUCACGAGGCAGCCACUGUCACAGCCGGCACAGCCACGCCGCAGGUGAAGGAGUGGUGGGGUGCGGUGGCAGCAGCGACUGCCAGCACGGAGGACAGCAUUCGUUCCCUCCGUGCGGAAAUCUCUGCACUGACUCAGGCACCGGUGCAGCCACACCUCAGGGGGGGUGCGUUGGGGUACGGUGGGGCGUGUUGGGGUGCGGUGGGGUGCGCUGCGGUAGUGCGGUCGGGUGCGGUGGGGUGCGUUGCGGUGCAGUGCGGUGGGGUGCGGUGCGAUGUGGUGGGGUGCGGCGUGGUGCAAUAUGGUGCGCUGGGGUGCAUGGGCUGUGGUGGGUGCGGUGGGUUACGGUUGGGUGCGGUGUGGGUGGAGGCAGCAACGGGGCUGGUGUUUCGGUUCAUAGUUGGGCACGGCAGCGCGGAGGACGAGCAGAUGCUGCAGGCGGAGAACAGCACUCAUGGGGACUUCUUUCGUGUUGAUGUGCAAGAAUCGUACCUCAAUCUCAACCACAAGAUGUAA